AGUAUUUUUCUUUUAUUACUUCCGUCAAAUCUAACGAACAUAAAUUAUUAAAUACUUGACGAAAACUAAACGUGUUAAAUUUUGCAAACUUAAAAAACCAAAACCGUAAGGUGCAUACUUAAGGGACUAUUUUAAACAUACCAUCGAACACAAAAUAAAAGACCAUUGAUAGUGUGUAAACCUGCAGGCAAAGGAGAGGUUUAAGCAAGCAGACAACCAUGGAAGAAGAAGAAGAAGAAGCCAUCAAAAACCUCUGGCAAGAAGUUCGAGAUCUUUCCCUAGGCACAACAACCCAAAUCACCCACCUCUCUUCUCCACCUACCCCUCUCCAAUUCCUUCGUGACUACAUUUCCCCAAACAAACCUUGCCUUAUUUCCAACUCCAUUAAUCACUGGCCAGCCACCACUCUCUGGCACUCCACCUCAUACCUCCUCAAAACACUCUCUUCCAACACAGUCUCCCUCCACGUCACCCCAACAGGCCACGCUGACGCACUCACCCCACACCCAAAUUACCCUUCUACCCUUUGCUUUGCUUCAGGUGAAGUUCAACAUCUUCGAUUCCCUGAUGCUUUAACACGGGUCUUGGAAUCGGAGCAGAAUAAGUGUGUGGGUUAUUUGCAACAGCAGAAUGAUUGUUUGAGGAGUGAGUAUGGGGUGUUGAGUGAAGAUUGUGAUUCAGAUUUUGAUUGGGCUAGUGAAGCUUUUGGGUGUUUACCUGAAGCUGUGAAUCUCUGGGUUGGUAAUGAGUUGUCUGAGACGUCGUUUCAUAAGGAUCAUUAUGAGAAUAUAUAUGCUGUUGUUUCUGGAGAGAAGCAUUUUUUGCUUCUUCCUCCUACUGAUGUUCAUAGGAUGUAUAUUCGUGAAUAUCCUGCUGCGAAUUACCACUAUUCCCAGGAUGCUGGGGAGUUCUCUUUGGAACUAGAGGAACCAGUGAGGAAAGUGCCAUGGUGCAGUGUUAAUCCAUACCCUUCACCUGAGUUAAAGGAGAAGGAAAUGGCCAAGUUUCCCUUAUAUUUCAACGGACCAAGACCAUUUGAAGUUACGGUCAAGGCAGGCGAGGUUCUUUACUUGCCAAGCAUGUGGUUUCACCAUGUUAGACAGAGCCCAGACAGCAGAGGACUCACCAUUGCUGUAAACUACUGGUAUGACAUGCAAUUUGAUAUCAAAUAUGCUUACUUUAACUUCCUGCAAUCGCUGCCUCUUUCCAUGCUGUGUAAUCCUGCAUCAGCUGGAAAAUUAGUUGUGGCGUCACAAGAUCAUUCAUUAAUAUGCAACUCUGAAGACGAAUCCAGCAUGGGCAGCAUCCCUGCUUCUGCAAAUGAUAAUUUAUUAGACGAUUCCGAUGACACUGCAGAAAAAAUAAGUAUCACUCAUUGUCAGGAGCCCAAUGGUGAGGAAAAGCAAAGGAAAUUUUGAGUUCACUCGGAUCCAAUUCUGCAAGCAUGGUUUGUUUCCCUAUUAUAUCCUGGAGAAGUUGCAUAGUGUUUUUGACCUGAGGCGGGAAAAGCUGAAAUGAAACUUCACCUUCAUGAUUGUCCUACUGCUGUCUACAACUCUCAUUUAAUCAGCAGGGUGAGUCCUCAGUGUGCCUUUCAAUAUCCAAAGUGACACUACCAGUGAUGGAGAUUCAGGUGCUCUAUUCUUUGGAGAUUUACCAGUCCACUUCUCUUGUUUCCAAUGGUAAUCUGCUAUUAAGCUUAAUUUAGCAUGUUAUCGGCAAGGGAAGGUUACUCUGAUUUGUUUGAAGAAGCCAUAGUUCUGAAAAAGUAUGCACUUUGUAGGUUUCUUCUUUCAAGUCUUGCCAAGCAUCACUUGUCAUCGAAAACCGGCAAUAGAAUGGACAUAAAUCUCCUCAAAAGACAAAAUGAGAGCUCAUGGCUGUUGCCGUAGAUUUGGAGCAGAGUGUACCAUUUUGAGUUUACAACAGAAAUGGCACAAAUCAUAUUCCAAUUUUGGACUAUCUAUUGCUUGCUUCUUUACUGAUUCUCUGGGAUGAAAAUGCAUUUGGAUUGUGUUAAGGAGCAUUUGUUUCUCAGAGAAUGGGAAAAUGGAUAAAGCUAGAGCUGGGAUACUUGUUAAGAAUUUUGCGUGGAUUGUUGUCAAGAUAUUCAUCAUGUUAUACCUUUCACCCAUGGUGUGCUGAACUGCUCAAUAUCCUUCAAAUUAAUUUUAGCUU